UGUUUUCACAAUAUUCAACCGAAAAUGUUCCGCGCUCAACGCGUUUGCAUUUAUUUCGUAGUUUUCCUGGUCUUGGCAGCUGCCAGGCCCAAAAUAAGCUCGCGAAUUUCCCAGAAUCAAAUUGGAUUGCGAAAGAUCGCAUUUUCUACGGAAGAACGUGCUGCUUCACAGUCAUCAUUGUCCACAGAGGCAGCCAGUGAACCAAAGACUACUGGGGUGCCCACGGUAACUUCAUCAUCAUCAUCUAAGGAAGCUAGUGAAGCACCCGAAGGUUCCAGCCAAGAGGCAUCCGAAGCUUCCUAUGAAGAUGAGAGCUCCGAAUCAAGCGACGAAUCAGAGGAAGGAUCGUACUACUACUAUGAUGACGAUUCGUAUCCCAGCUACUACGAUAGUUACUUUGAUUAUUGAUGCAUCGCAUCACCAUUGUACUUUGUGUCAAAACGGAAUACAAAUCACUUUGAAGAGGCUUGAAAAUUGUGCAGAGUAAAAAUGAAGCUGUGUUUCCUACUGGGCCUUGCUUUUUUCGGUCUUUUGGCUCAUGCAGGAGCAGUUCCAAUACCUCAAGCUGUAGUGUUUGUGGGAUUGGCCACCAAACCCGAAAUGGAUUUUCCGGACAUUGAUCUCUGGAGCAGGACUUGAGAGAAUAUGUUAGACUGCCUUCUCCACACUGUUUUUCUUCCCAGCUCGCUGCAUAUUUGGAACAGAAUUUUUAAUUAAAACAAGCAAUAU